AUGCCGCGACUACAAGAGCCACUACAACAUCGACCAGUACAAGCUUGGCCAGUAGGAACACAAACUAUUGGGCCGUGUUUCGUAGAGUCAAAAAAAAUCGAUCUUGCAAAUGCACAUCAUCCAUUAGGAUUCGUGCCUACACUAAUCGAUCAUAAUCCUUCAAACGAUAAUGGUAAAGAUUUUGAAGUUUGGGAAAGUCAAGCAAUUGCCAGGUAUCUUGAUUCUUCAUAUCUAAAAUGGCCUGGUCAUGACGUUUCGAAUAAAUUUACCAAUGCCAAAGUUGAUAUGAUGAUCAAUUUGGCUUCCAAUCAUGUCUUUCCAGCAGUAGAACAUGGUGUCGUUAAAGUUCGAUUAGCUCUCGAAGAACAAGGAAAGACCGACAAGGAUAUUGUAGACGCUGUAGCUGAAGGAAUUUCAAAGUUAAAGAAGAUCUUUUCUGUUGUUGAAACCUUCUUGUGUCAACAAGAUGGACGUUGGGUAAUAGGGCAAAGCUUGACAUGGGCGGAUUUCUUUCUUUAUCCACCAUUAGCUGAUCUAAAGGCUGUUUCUGAAGGAAUAGUGCUAAAUGAUUUUCCAAGGUUAAAAACAUGGAUGGACGAAAUGGAAGGACUAGAUGCAUGCAAGAAGACGUACGAAGGAACAUUAGCAAAUGAGAGGUGGCAGUAA